UUCUAGUCUAAACACAUUCUGUGGUUGUUUGUCGGUAUCCCUGCGACUGUAAUGGAAGUUGUGUAUUUUUCAUUAUUCAAGUAAAUCGGGUUAUUUACUGAAUUGUCGGACUAACAGAAUAUCGUGUGUUCUUCGUGCAACUCGAACAUCGGAAUACAAUGAAUAAGAGUAAUUCUUGCACCGAAGAUUUAGAUGACAUUAGUAUGACAGCUCAAGAGCUUCACAUCCUUUCGGAAUUGGAUAGCCGCCAGUAUGGUUAUUUGCUUUUGCACUUGCCAGAGAAUGAGAAAAAACGGGAAUUGGUGCUUAAGGCUGUCAAGUACUUGCAACUUAUGGUUGUCCAAGCAAGGCGACAACAAAAAGUGCAAGAUGAAAAUGAACCUAAUAAUUUUCAACAAAAUUCGAAGAAAAUUAGCAUAGAUCCAAAAACUUGGGUUAAGUUGGGACAUUUUCACUUGUUAUUAGAAGAAUACAGGAAAGCCUUGUCAGCAUAUCAGAUGUUUUAUAAAAUACAAGCUGAAAAUCAUUGGAUGGAUCCAACAUUUUUGUAUGGACUGGGAUUAGUUUAUUUCCAUUUUAAUGCUUUUCAGUGGGCCGUGAAAGCUUUUCAACAAUUACUGUACGUUUCUCCAAGUUUCCAGAGAGCUAACGAAGUCCACUUACGUCUUGGGUUGAUGUUCAAAGCAACUCAAGAGUACGAGUCUGCCUUAAAACAUUUACAACUAGCUCUAGUCGACAACAGUCCCUGUACUACUCCGAAAAGCAUCAUAAAAUUCCAUAUAGCCCACUUGUUUGAAGUACAAGGGAAGGUUAAAGGAGCCAAAGACCGCUAUGAACUACUUCUACGUGAUAAAAGUAUUACGCAGUCUCUUCGUGCUGAUAUAUUCCGACAAUUAGGUUGGUUAUAUCACUGCCAUGAUUCGCUCGGAGAUAAAAAUCAAAGGAUUCCUUUAGCAAUCCACUGCCUCCAAAGAGCACAUGACGCCGAUCAGUUUUCGGGUCAGACUCUUUAUCUUCUUGGUAGAUGUUAUGCUAGUAUAGGAAAAGUCCACGAUGCUUUUAUUGCCUACAGAAAUUCGGUUGAAAAGUCUGAAGGCAAUGCUGACACUUGGUGCUCCAUAGGAGUACUAUAUCAACAGCAGAGUCAACCUAUGGAUGCUCUGCAAGCCUACAUCUGCGCAGUCCAACUCGAUAAAUGUCAUUCAGCAGCUUGGGCCAAUUUGGGAAUAUUGUAUGAAAGUUGUGGACAGGCUCGAGAUGCUUAUGCUUGCUAUCUGAAUUCCAGUAGAGGACUAUCUAAUAGAAGUUCAGAAGAUUCAUUUCUUUCGUCGAAGCUACCACGUUUAAAUCUAUCUUCUGUGGGAAUGAACCCACAUCUUUUACAAAGAAUUAACUUUCUUCAAUCUAAUUUAGCAAACGCUCCAAUGCCAAGCGCCACAAGCCAGCGCAGACAACUGCUCUCAAUAGAAGAAGCGUGGAAUCUUCCAAUAUCGGCAGAAAUGUCGUCAAGACAACAGCAGCAAACUGGUUCCCAACAAACUAAAAGUAAUACGCAGUCAUAUCAGAAAAAUUUUAAUCAAGGGUCCACCCCGCAAGGACCUCCACCACCGUAUCCUUCGCCGAGUGGAGCCCCCGUGAAACAGUUUAAACCAGAACCCGAACAAAAACCGACGCCUCCGCAGCAUUCGUUUACACUUUCUCCCCAACAGUUGCAACUGUUGAAUUAUUUUCAACAGAAUGUGAACAAUUUGACUCCUGCUCAAGAAAAUAUGAGAUUACAACUGCAACACCAACACCGGUUAAUGCAACAGCAACAACAGUUACGACAGAGGCAGACUGUUGCGGCGCACGCGCGUCCGGGGUCUACACCUCCGACGUACAAUGGAAAUAGUCAUUUUCAAGGACAGUCACCACAAGACGUAACACCGCCUCUGAACAUAACUAAGAACAUGUCGUCGCCGAACGGCGAUAAGUUACUACAACCGUCGCCUAAUUUAAUACCGAGCUGUACCCGAGAUAUUACGAUGCCUUUGUCUGGACAGCCCUCGACGGAUAUGGACGUGAGUGAAGAAGAACUGAAGGAUUUUUUGUCACAGAAGGAUUUGACUACGACGUUGGCGGAAAACUUGCUGAAGCAUUUCGGGUCGGACGCCAUCGAUAUCAAAGAAGAACAGGAUCAGAGCGAAUCUACUCUUUCCUCGGGACCUUUUUCACCAUCAAAUAUAGAUUCGGGAGUUUCAAAACAAGACGUCGACUCGAAAAAGCGAAUUAAGUCGCCUAAACAAGACAGCAUACUCACCAUCAAAUCAGAGCCGCCGUGGGAAGUGGACUCAAUGCAUUCGGAUAAACGCCCCGAAGUCGAAUAUUCCAUAGAAAUGGAAGCCAAAACGAUCCUAAGACUUUGCAAGGGUGAGGGUAUUAAGGGUGAAAUUAGUAAUUCUUUAAUAUCAGAUCGAGCACCUCCGCCGUCGCCUCCUGACCCCCCUACGAUAAAAUUAAAUCCUCAACAGUUACUGCCACCUACGCCUUCAGUCUACUUAGAUAAUAAAAAACACGCAUUUAGUCCACAAUUACAAGAAUUUUGUCUCAAACACCCCAUCGCUGUAAUACGCGGGUUAGCUUCUGCCUUAAAAUUGGAUUUAGGAUUAUUUUCGACAAAAACUCUGGUGGAAGCUAACCCAGAUCAUAGCGUGGAAGUUCGAACGCAAAUUCAGCAACCUUCCGACGAAAACUGGGACCCACAAUCAGGGAAAAAAGUGUGGGCUUGCAUAUCGCAUAGGUCGCAUACAACCAUAGCAAGAUACGCUCAGUACCAAGCUUCUAGUUUCAAAGAAAGUUUAAAAGAAGAACGGGAUAAGGCCGCUAGCGGUUUAUCAGAUUCGGACUCCAAAGAUUCGGCGAACUUCCCGAAGAGAAGACGACUUUGCAAUAUUCCGCCCUCGCUCAACACGAAAGGUUGCAACCAACCCAAGAUGCUUAAGUUCGGUACAAACGUAGAUCUAUCCGACGAGAAAAAAUGGAAAGCGCAGUUGCAAGAACUCAUGAAACUACCGGCUUUUGCGCGAGUCGUGUCAGCCGGAAAUAUGCUUUCGCACGUAGGCCACGUGAUACUCGGGAUGAAUACGGUCCAGCUAUACAUGAAGGUUCCGGGCAGCAGGACGCCUGGUCACCAAGAAAACAACAACUUUUGUUCGAUUAACAUUAACAUAGGCCCCGGCGAUUGUGAGUGGUUUGCGGUUCCUGAUGCUUACUGGGGCGCAAUUUGCGCCCUUUGCGAAAAGAACCAAAUAAAUUACCUGCACGGAUCGUGGUGGCCCGUUUUAGACGAUCUCUUCGCUGCUAAUAUUCCCGUGUAUCGAUUUAAUCAGAGGCCGGGAGACUUGGUUUGGGUCAACGCUGGAUGUGUUCAUUGGGUACAAGCCGUCGGUUGGUGUAAUAACAUCGCGUGGAAUGUUGGCCCUCUGACGGCACGUCAAUACCAACUCGCAAUAGAACGUUACGAAUGGAAUAAAUUACAAAGUUUUAAAUCAAUUGUGCCUAUGUUGCAUUUGUCGUGGAACUUGUCGCGGAAUAUCAAAGUCUCAGAUCCGAAGUUGUUUCAUUUAAUUAAAAACUGCUUGAUGAGAACGCUAAGACAAUGCUCUAUGAUACUCGAGUUCGUGAAACACAAAGGUGUUGAAGUAAAAUUCCACGGAAGGGGUAAAAAUGAAGCUUCGCACUAUUGUGGACAAUGUGAGAUUGAAGUGUUCAAUAUAUUAUUUAUUAGAGAACAAGAAAAGCGGCAUGUCGUUCAUUGCAUGGAAUGUGCACGCAAACAGUCGCCGAAUUUAGAAGGCUUCGUAUGUUUAGAAGAGUACAAAAUGGAGGAGUUGAUGGAAGUUUAUGAUAACUUCAGUUUAUAUCCUACCAUUAGCGCUACUGCAGAACAAUAUCGACUAAUGUAGCAAAUUUAAUUUGAAAGUGCUAUUCUCAGCUACCACUGCCACUUGUAACGAAUGUACAACUUAAUAUUUGAUAGUUGUGUAUUAAAUGUAUGUAAAAUUGAGUGAUAAUGUAAAAUGUAGAUAAGUGUGUACAUAAGAUUUUCAUUUUUGUAGAUUGGCUACUUGUUACAUUUUAAUACCGUGAUCUCAUAACAGUUAUUUAUAAGUGUACAUAGAAUGCAAAAAUAAAUAUAUUUGUACAAUAUAUUUAUUUUACAAGUCAAAGAAAUAAGAUAUUUCUUUUUAUUAUAUUAUUUUAUUUUCGAAGCUGUUGGGACGUCAAAGGGAAGAGCAAUUUUCGUCGGAAAAUUGUCCUUCCCUUCGAGAGUCGUAACAACUGACAGGCGACUGCGCCAAUUGAUAUAUCGCAAUGAGUUUUAUUUUUAAAGACGAAUGAAACCAUAUUUCACUGCCAAAAAUUAUUGAUAUAUGAACGACUGUUUUUUACGUAAUAUGUUAAGUAUGUAUUUGUACGUUUAAGGGAAUUUGUUUUUUAGACGAUAAAUUUGUUUAUUGUGUGUAUUCAGUCACUGCCACUUUGUGAUACAAUUCUAUCCGAAUACCACUUUAUAUGUUCAUAAAUACAACCUGGGUUUUAACAGUGCCUUCUUGGAUAAAUUAUCUAAAAAAACUACUUUGUGAAAUGAAAUAAAAAAAUAUUUUCACUCCUCAUUCAUGACCAAUUACAAAUACCGAUACAUGAUGUAAAUAAAUUAGAAAUUAAAUUCAGGAAACUAGCUCAAUUUUCUAUGUAAGUAACCACCGUUUCCUCUGUUCAUAUACCUUUGUAUUUUGUAUCAAGAAAAGUCUGAUUUAACUUAUGUAUUAUAUAAUUUUAUUUGUAGUUUAGUCACUACAUAACUUGUAUUUAUGAUUACUUAAAUAUUACAAAGUUAUAUUUGGAA